ACGGUAUCCUGCUCAUUUGCUUCCCACACAUCCUGCAGAACGGACGGAGAAAAGGACUCUUCACUUUAGCCACUCAGUCUUACCUGCAAACGUGUCACUUGCUGUGUCUUCACACCUGUAAUUAAGUCAGGCAUGCGGGUGGUGGUGACAGGUGGAGGCGGGUAUGUUGGUUUCCACGUGGGUUGGGCGCUCUCUCAGGGUGGACAUGAGGUCACCCUGCUUGAUAUUCACCCGCCUGACCCAGAGUGGAGGGAGACGGCCCCUAGAUCUUUGUGGGAUGCGCUUCCAAGAGGGUUCUGGGGCGAGGGACAGCAACACCCUGGCUCUCUGGAGUUCGUUAAGGGCAGCGUGACUGAUCUGAAGACCCUGGAGCAUCACUUUCAGGGCGCCUCAGCUGUCGUGCAUAGUGCCUCCUACGGGAUGUCAGGUAGGGAGCAGCUACCCCCACACGCCAGCCAGCAGGAGAGGGUCAACGUAGAGGGAACAAGAGAGGUCAUUCGAGCCGCCAUGAGUGCCAAGGUACGCGCUAUUGUUUACACGUCAACCUAUAACGUGGUGUUUGGAGGGCGCCAGAUAGUUGAAGGAGACGAGACUCUGCCUUUAUUCUCCCUUCACGCCCACACCGAUCACUACUCCAGAACCAAGACCAUAGCUGAGAUGCUCAUGUUGAUGGCUGACGGGAAGUGUGGCCCGCCCGUGUCUCCCUCCCAGCCUGCCGCGUCCCAGCAAGGCCACGCUAGCUCACCAGACGCCCCCCAACCCUGCCUCAGAACCUGCGCCCUUAGGAUGAACGGGGUGAUGGGUCUUGGGGAGAAGAAACACACGCAGCGGGUUAUGAACGCUAUUAGAUCUGGACUGCUUAUCUUGGCAUAUGGCAGGAAAGAAGGACUGGUGGACUUCAUCGGCAUACAGAACGUGGUACAAGGACAUGUUAAGGCCCUGAUGGCAUUGCUGCAGGAACAGAGCUUCACUACUCAAAGCAUCCCUGCAAACCUUCCCCACAGUGAAAGACAAGACCCAUCCCAAACAGAUAUCACUCCAGUAUUAACCCAUUCUUCAGUAACUUCAUCUAGUUCUUGUGUAGAAAAGUCUCUGUCUAGAAUUCCAAGCUCUGUUACAUCUUCAGUAUCUCCUAGUUCUCCUCCCUUGGUAUCUGGUCAGGCAUUCUUCAUCAGUGACUCAGCCCCUGUCAGCCACUUUGAGUACUUCAGGCCACUGUUUGAAGGGCUUGGUUACUCUUUCCCUGCCCUCACACUGCCUCUCUGGGUCAUCCUCCUUGUCGCCUACCUGCAGGAGUUCAUGUAUUGCUUAGUGCAUAAGUUCCUCCCAUUCACGCCCUUUGUCACCCCUGCUGAGGCGUACAAGUCAGGCGUCACCCACUACUGCAGCUGUAAGAAGGCCAUGGGUGCUUUUGAUUACUCCCCAACAAGACCCAAUGACUUGAAGCAAGUGGUGGAGUACUACAGGGCUCAGGGAUGCACAAAGACUCACAAGACUGGCCUGGUGUCACUUCUCCCACUAGCAUUGUUCUUUAUCCUUCACGUGUUCCUCCUUCUCAUUGUUCUGUAAUUCCGUUGGUGUUUGGUGUAGUAACUUGUUAUUGUGCAUGACUGACUGCAUGAUGAAUUAUUUUUGUACAAUAUAAUCUUUUGUAUGGCA